CUCUUCUCACAAUCAUCAUCAUAUCAUUCACUUCUUCAUUUACUCUUCUACUAAUUUCACAAUUCAAUUAAUCCUUUUAGCAUCAUGAACUCACAAGACAUUCCCUCAGGAAGAUCACCAAAAAGAGAACUCCAAGGCCCUCGUCCCACACCUCUUAGGAUUAACAAGGACUCCCACAAGAUCAAGAGGACCCCGGUGGCGCUGCCACAACCGCAACCACCACCGCGCCAACCAGUGAUCAUCUACACGGUCUCUCCGAAAGUAAUCCACACCACACCAAGUGAUUUCAUGAGCCUCGUUCAACGCCUCACUGGCUCUUCAUCUUCCUCUUCAUCGUCCUCUACUAAUAAGGUCUCAACCGAACCUUUAAAUGGCAACAAAGGCUGUAAUGGUGGCAGUGGUAGUGACGCGAUAUUGCCUGUGGCUCAUUUUGCCACAAUAGAGAUGGCUAGAACAGCAACUCAAAGCACUAAACAACACCCAAUUGAGAAUAGUGAUGAUGUUGUUGGAGGGAUAGAUGAUGUAGUAGGUCAUGGUGCGUUGGAGAGACCAAACAUGUUUCAUGGAAUUUUGUCCCCGGGACCAUCUUCUUUAUCUCCCAUCCCUUCAAAUUUCUUCUCUCCACCGUCGAUUGAUCCAAGCAUGGUUAGCUUGUUUCAUGAUUUAAGCCCGGUUCUUCGUAGUAGCAGAAAUUUUAUGGAGGGUACUACUGCUACUUUCAUCAUGCCUAGCCCUUCAAGCUUUGUUUCACCUCGUACUCCUUCCAUUGACCUAUUCAAUAAUUUCUCCGAUAAUUAAUUAAUUCUUUGCUUUUGUUGCUGGGUUACUUUACUUUAAACUUCCCCCAUAUACACAAAGAAAGACAUAAGUGUCUGAUUUAAUUACCUUUAAUUAGUGGGAGUAGUUUAAUUUCUUACUAUGGAGAUGACCUAAAAGAGGAAUACGAUGGGAAUUUGUUUUUCUUUUGGUGGGUAGCUAGUUUCAAACCUAUUUAAUGGAUUCUUUUCUUUAUUAAGUUUUCUUUCUUUCUUUCUUUCUGUUCUUUGAUACAACCAUUAAUGAAUUUAUUUAUUACUGGGCCAUUUUGUGCUCAAAUA